GUGGGCCCGGGGUUCGAGGCGGGCCGGGGAAAGUGGGCGGAGCCCAGCCGGGGGCGGUGGGCGCCUGCGCGGACCCGGCUGAGCCAUGGCAUCCGUCAAGGUGGCCGUGAGGGUCCGACCCCUGAACCGCAGGGAAAAGGACUUGGAGGCCAAAUUCAUUAUUCAAAUGGAGAAAAGCAAAACAACAAUCACAAACUUAAAGAUACCAGAAGGAGGGACUGGUGACUCUGGAAGAGAAAGAACUAAGACAUUCACCUAUGACUUUUCCUUUUAUUCUGCUGAUACAAAAAGUCCAGAUUAUGUUUCACAAGAAAUGGUUUUCAAAACCCUGGGCACAGAUGUCGUGAAGGCUGCAUUUGAAGGUUAUAAUGCUUGUGUCUUUGCAUAUGGGCAAACUGGAUCGGGAAAGUCAUACACUAUGAUGGGAAAUUCUGGUGAUUCUGGAUUAAUACCUCGGAUCUGUGAAGGGCUCUUCAGUCAGAUCAGUGAAACCACCAGAUGGGAUGAAGCAUCUUUCCGAACUGAAGUCAGCUACUUAGAAAUUUAUAAUGAACGUGUCAGAGAUUUACUUAGACGGAAGUCAUCUAAAACCUUCAAUUUAAGAGUUCGUGAGCACCCAAAAGAAGGACCUUACGUUGAAGACUUAUCCAAACAUUUAGUACAGAAUUAUGGUGACGUCGAAGAACUGAUGGAUGCAGGAAAUAUUAAUCGUACCACAGCAGCCACAGGGAUGAAUGAUGUUAGUAGCAGGUCACAUGCCAUCUUCACCAUCAAGUUCACUCAGGCCAAAUUUGAUGCUGAAAUGCCAUGUGAGACUGUGAGUAAGAUCCACUUAGUUGAUCUUGCUGGAAGUGAGCGAGCUGAUGCCACUGGUGCCACUGGGGUUCGCCUUAAGGAAGGAGGGAACAUUAACAAGUCCCUUGUGACUCUAGGAAAUGUAAUUUCUGCCUUAGCUGAUUUAUCUCAGGAUGCAGCAAACCCUCUUGUAAAGAAGAAGCAAGUUUUUGUGCCUUAUCGGGAUUCUGUGUUGACUUGGUUAUUAAAAGAUAGCCUUGGAGGAAACUCUAAAACGAUCAUGAUUGCCACCAUUUCACCUGCUGAUGUCAAUUAUGGAGAAACCCUAAGUACUCUUCGCUAUGCAAAUAGAGCCAAAAACAUCAUCAACAAACCCACCAUUAAUGAGGAUGCCAACGUCAAACUCAUCCGGGAGCUGCGUGCUGAAAUAGCACGACUAAAGACACUACUUGCUCAGGGGAAUCAGAUUGCCCUCUUGGACUCCCCCACUGCCUUAAGUAUGGAGGAAAAACUUCAGCAGAAUGAAGCCAGAGUUCAAGAAUUAACUAAGGAAUGGACAAAUAAAUGGAAUGAGACCCAGAAUAUUUUGAAAGAACAAACUCUUGCCCUUAGGAAAGAAGGAAUUGGAGUUGUCUUGGAUUCAGAGCUCCCUCAUUUGAUUGGGAUUGAUGAUGACCUUCUGAGUACUGGAAUCAUUUUAUAUCACUUGAAGGAAGGUCAAACAUAUGUUGGCAGAGAAGAUGCUUCAAUGGAACAAGAUAUUGUUCUCCAUGGUCUCGACUUGGAAAGUGAGCACUGUAUCUUUGAGAAUGUUGGGGGAACAGUGACUCUAAUACCCUUGAGUGGAUCUCAGUGCUCUGUGAAUGGUGUUCAGAUCAUGGAUGCCACGCACCUAAAUCAAGGUGCUGUGAUACUCUUAGGAAGAACCAACAUGUUUCGCUUCAACCAUCCAAAGGAGGCAGCCAAGCUCAGAGAAAAGAGGAAGAGUGGCCUUCUGUCCUCCUUCAGCUUGUCCAUGACUGACCUCUCCAAGUCCUGUGAGAAUUUGUCUACGGUCAUGCUGUAUAACCCAGGUCUUUUCCCUAUAAAAGGACCCAUCUGUCUAAGACUUGAAUUUGAGAGGCAACAACGAGAAGAACUGGAAAAACUAGAAAGUAAAAGAAAGCUCAUAGAAGAAAUGGAAGAAAAGCAAAAAUUGGAUAAGGCGGCGCUGGAGCAGAUGCAGCGGGAGGUGGAGACGCAGCGCAAGGAGACAGAGAUGGUCCAGCAGCAGAUCCGCAAGCAGGAGGAGAGCCUCAAGCGCCGCAGCGUCCACCUCCAGAGCCGUCUUAAGGACCUGCUGGCCCAGAAGGAGAAAUUCGAGGGGGAGCGGCAGAGGGAACAGCAGGAAACAGAGCUGCCGAAGCAACAGCCACAGCCACAGCAAGAAGUCGAGAGCUCGCCCCUUGGCCAAGAAGUUGCCCAGCUGCUCCGCGAAAAGAGCGAGAAGAUGCAGCUCUUCCAAGAACUGGACCGGCUCCAGAGAGAGAAAGAAGAGCACUCGGCCCAGCUCGAGUCGGAAAAGCAGAGGCUGGAGGAGCAAGAAAAGGAGCAGGUUCUGCUCGUGGCGCACCUGGGGGAUCAGGUCCGUGAGAAGCAGGGGCUGGUCCGGCUUCUGCAGCGUGGACAGGUCCAGCGGCUGGAGGAGGAGAGGCGCGAUCUGGAAGGCAUCCGGGAGGUCCUGCUACGGGCCAAGGAAUCGCGGCCUGAUGUCCUCGAGGAUGGCCCGGAGUUGGGCAGCGCACAGUGGCGGUUCCUGGAGUUCAAGAGCAGGCAACUGGUGAAGCUCGCAAACUUGGAGAAGGACCUGGUGGAACAGAAGGACAUCCUGGAAAGAGGUGUCGGAGAGGAGCAGGAGGCCCUGGAGCGUCUCCCAUCUGAGAAAGAAGAGGAGUGGCAAUUGUUGGGGAGAAGCGAUCGCCGUGUUUCCAACGUGAACCCCGCCACUGCUCCCGAGUUGGAGACAGUCCGACAGGCCGACCAUAGGCUGCAGUGCAAGGAGCGCCAGCUCCACUACCUCCUGAACCAUCACUUGCCGGCUCUGUUGGAAGAGAAGCAGAGAGCAAUUGAAAUCCUCGACCGUGGCCCGCUCAGCUUAGACAACACCCUGUAUCAGGUGGAGAAAGAAAUGGAAGAAAAGGAAGAGCAGCUGGCCCAGUACCGAGCCACGGCCAGCCAGCUGCAACAGCUCCAGGCCACCUUUGAAUUCACUGCCAACAUUGCGCGACAGGAGGAAAAGGUAAGGAGGAAAGAGAAGGAGAUUCUGGAAUCUCGUGAGAAGCAACAGAGAGAAGCGCUGGAGCGGGCUGUAGCCCAGCUGGAGAGGAGGCACUCUGCCCUGCAGCGGGGUUCCACUCUGGGCAUGGAGAUGCAAGAACAGCAGCAGAAGCUGGCUGCAGUGCAUGGCGACAGCAGCGAGCAGUCUGGACUCGGGGCCAGCCUGGGAGCCGAGCCAGAGACCCUGGAAAUGAACCAGGAGAGGUUAGAAUACGAAAUCCAGCAGUUGAAGCAGAAGAUCUUUAGAGCUGAUGGAACCCUAGAGGGGCAAAGUGCUGCUUCCUGCUUGCCAGCCAGUGCUGAAAAAUCUCAUCUGGGCUCUCUUAUGGAUGACAGGAUCAAUGCUUACAUUGAAGAAGAAGUUCAGAGACGCCUCCAGGACUUGCAUCAUGUUCUUGGUGACUCUAGUGUUAUCUCCACAGAAAUGACAAAGAAUAAUGAGAAGCUUCACAAUGGCACCAUUCAACGAAAACUAAAAUAUGAGCGGAUGGUUUCUCGCUCUCUGGGAGCCAAUCCAGAUGACCUGAAGGAUCCAAUUAAAAUUAGUAUUCCACGCUACGUUCUCUGCGGGCAAGGGAAGGAUGAACACUUCGAGUUUGAGGUGAAGAUUACUGUCCUAGAUGAGACAUGGACUGUAUUCAGGCGUUACAGUCGUUUUCGAGAAAUGCAUAAGACAUUGAAGUUAAAGUAUUCAGAGCUUGCUGCCCUUGAAUUUCCGCCAAAGAAAUUAUUUGGAAACAAGGAUGAACGGGUGAUUGCUGAGAGGAGAAGUCACUUAGAGAAGUACCUCCGAGACUUUUUCAACGUGAUGCUUCAAUCCGUGACCUCUCCCCUUCACAUCAACAAAGUUGGACUGACCCUUUCCAAGCACACCAUUUGUGAAUUUUCACCCUUCUUCAAGAAAGGAGUCUUUGACUACAGCAGCCAUGGAACGGGAUAGGACCAAGGGGAUGCCUGAACUACCAAUGCAGUGCCUUCCUGUUGAAGUUGGCCUCCAGACCAGGGUUGGGCUUGCCUCCUUCUCUUGCAGGCAGACUCAGACAGCUUGCCUGGACCACCUCACCAGUUCAGACCUAGUGCCUGACUUCGCAGUUGGGAUAUUUUACUUGCUGAUGAGAACUUUGAUGAGCAACUGUUAUGAUUACAUUGCAGUUGAACGUGGCCUUUUCCCAUAGUGCUUCCUUCCCAUGGCACAGUGGAGUCUGUCCUCUGUGCCAAUAUGGAUGUGGCUUGAUUUUUUGAGUUUUUUGAGCCAAGCCAAAAAACUUGUGACCUCCCAAAAUGGGUGACUUCCCAGACCUCCCUUAAAUGACUUUCAUCUGAUUUCUUUUUUCACCAAAAUGCACUCAGAUUUUUUAUAUUCCAUCCAUGCGGUUGGGUCAAUCCCAAGAAAAGCAUUUUAAAUUAUUUUCAUUGUGUUUCUUUUCUUCCCCUUUGAACCAGAACUUUUGUAUAAUAUUUAAACUGUUAUUUACACAGAAUUUCAUAUUCUGCUAAGGGAUUUUCUGUUCAAUCAUGACUGGAGUCUUCCAAUCUCGACAAAUUGGAUGUGGGUAAUGUCAUUAGAAAUGCCUAUGAAUACAUACAAAGAUGAUAUUUGUUUAAUCUUAAAUCUUUGAAAGAAUCUUUCCAGCUGUAUGUGGCUACUGUGCAUUCUCAAUCUUUUUCCUGCUAAGCACAAAAUAAGCGUGUAGCUGACAGUAUAUUUUUAGACAUUAUUUUCUCUUUUUUGGUUACAGAAUCAACUGGCUCAUUAGCUUAAAGUCUAGAAUUUGCAAUAGCUUAUUAAGAUUAUUUAAAUUACUCAGGACUUGAUGUAGCAUUGUACCUCCAUGUACAGAGAAACUACUUUGUUUUACAAAAGAGAAAAAGGUGAGCAGAAAAGUACAUGUGCUAUAUAUUGAAAUGUAUAUAAUUGACUAUAGAUUUAUAUAUGUAUACACUUGUAUAAUAAUUGUAUCAACGUAUGUAAUCACACCAAAUUUAUUAAAGAUAUUUGCUUUUCCAAAAUUUAAAUGGGACUGCUAUCAAUAUCGACGAAGUUAAAAAAAAUCUACCUGUAGUUUAGUUUAAGUGUGUAACAUUGUCAUUCAAACUAGUUUAUUAAAAUUUUAUCUAAAA